AUGCCUGCCUCGUCACAGCAACCUAUGGCCCCGCCGGCCCGGUCCGAAGAAGAGAUCUCAACCGCAAGCGAAAGUGAGGCCGAAGAAGAGAUCGAGGUGCCGUCAAGUCAGCCUGCACCAAGUCAGUCUCUUCCCGCUCGACGUCCAACAGCACGACAGAAUGCGUCCAAGAGAGCGACGCGAAGAGCUCCUCGGAGUGACAUACAGAAUCCCGGCUCGAAGGCACGGUGGACCAGGGACCAGAUGGAGUAUCUCCUCGAGAGCUACGGCGCGAAGAGGAUUGGCUGUGAGCUUGCUGAGCGAUAUCCCCCGAACGUUUUUGACCAGACGAAGGUCGGUCGUAAGCUCGGUGAACUGCUGAGAAAUUGGAAGGCAUUCCUUGCGAUAAUGAGGGAGACGAGCGGUGCAGGCUACGACCACGAGCUGGGCAUCGUCACCACAACCGACGAUAACUGGGAUCGGUGGGUGAAGAAGCAUGGAAUCGGGGCUGCCGCUAUCAAGCGGAACGGGCUCCAGAAGAUGGAUCUGUAUCAGCGGGCGUUCGAUGGCGUACAGGAAGUCGGACUUACGGCUCUCGAGGUCACUGACACUUCAGGCUUGUUAUCCCUCCGUAACGACAUGGAAGAGUCUCAAAUAGACUCUCAAAUAGACGAAGACCUAGUGUUCCACAGUCAGCCAUCUGCUCACGAAGCUGCACAGCGGCACUUACCCAGUCGGCCGUCGCCUUCGCCCUUCCGUGAAGUCACAGCAACUCCUGCUCCGUCGUCAUCUCAGACUUCUCAGUUGACUUCCUCACCGUCAGGUCGUCCCUCGCACCCGACAACUAGCAGCUCUGGAGACUCUCAGUCGCCGCAGCGUGUACGAAGACCUCACCGGCAUGUAGAUCCACAGGCAGGGUCGAUCGAGAAGGCAGUCUCCAAGCUGGUGACAAGUCGGGAGAAAAGUCGGAGACCUAUCGGUGCAGAUGACACACAAUCAGCAGUGCAGGAUGUACAGCAGAGGUUUCUGGAGAGAGCAGAUGAGGGAGAAAUAGAGACCUUCUUUGACUGGCUGCUUGGGGACAGCAUGCGUGCAGUCUUUUAUAAUAGUCUGAACGAGAGGAUGAAGGAGAGACUUUUUUGUUCGAAGUCUGGAUGUAUAGUGCUUAGGAGUCCGCAGAUUGAUCUGGAAAUGACACAGGAUAGUGAGUUUGACUCGUAG